CCCGCCGGUUGGUCAGCUGACCGUCCGCCGGUCUGCUGACUGUCAAUCCCUGAGCCUGCUCCGGUACUCGGACCGGGACUCCAGUAUCUCCGAGCCGAAGCUGCUCUCUGUGUCCGGACCCGUCACCCUCUGAACGGACCCGCAGCCCGGAGCGUCGGCCUGACCUCCGCCGGGCUCGUCGCACUCCCAGCCGGUCUGAUUCUCCGUCUGUGUCCGCUCCCUCCGGUCGGUCCUCGGUCUUCUGAGGCCGGUGUGAGGUCGGCCUACUCCCCCCGGCCCCGCGGAGCAGCAUGGCGGUCCUGGAUGUGGCCAUGCAGGGCCUGGCGGUGUUCGGCUUCCUGCUGUUCUCCGUCCUGUGGCUGAUGCACCUCAUGUCCAUCAUCUAUGUGCGUCUUCACCUCCAUAAGAAGAGGUCAGAGGUCAAAGCGUCGUUCGUUCAGUUGGCUGGCGUUUCUCUGUUGAAGCCUCUGAAGGGCGUCGACCCCAACCUCAUCUCCAACCUGGAGACCUUCUUCACCCUCGACUACCCCAAGUAUGAGAUCCUGCUCUGCGUCCAGGAUCAGGACGAUCCUGCUGUUGACGUCUGUAAAAAGCUUCUGGGUAAAUACCCCAACGUGGACGCUCGGCUGUUCAUCGGUGGGAAAAAAGUGGGGAUCAACCCCAAGAUCAACAACCUGAUGCCGGGCUACGAAGGGGCCAAGUACAGUUUAGUGUGGAUCUGCGACAGCGGCAUCCGAGUGAAACCCGACACCCUGACAGAUCUGGCCAAUCAGAUGACGGAGAAGGUGGGAUUGGUCCAUGGUUUGCCGUAUGUGGCCGAUCGGCAGGGCUUUGCCGCCACACUGGAACAGGUGUACUUUGGGACGUCCCACCCUCGCUCCUACAUCUCCGCUAACGUCACAGGGAUCAAGUGUGUGACGGGGAUGUCGUGUCUGAUGAGGAAGGACGUGCUGGAUCAGGCCGGCGGAUUGGUGGCCUUCGCUCAGUACAUCGCAGAGGAUUAUUUCAUGGCCAAAGCCAUCGCGGACAGAGGGUGGAAGUUCUCCAUGGCGACGCAGGUGGCUCUGCAGAACUCGGGCUCAUAUUCCAUUGGCCAGUUCCAGUCCCGUAUGAUCAGAUGGACCAAGCUGAGGAUCAACAUGCUUCCUGCCACCGUUCUGGAGCCGGUGUCCGAGUGCUUCCUCGCCAGCCUCAUCAUCGGGUGGGCGGCCCAUCACGUGUUCAGGUGGGACAUGAUGGUGUUCUUCAUGUGUCACUGUUUGGCCUGGUUCAUCUCUGACUACAUUCAACUCACUGGAGUCCAGGGUGGACCCCUGUGCUUCUCCAAGCUGGACUUCGCCGUGGCCUGGUUCAUCAGGGAGUCCAUGGCGGUCCAGAUCUUCCUGUCGGCGCUCUGGGACCCGACCAUCAGCUGGAGAACCGGGCGGUACCGGCUGCGCUGCGGUGGCACGGCGGAGGAGAUCCUGGACGUGUAGUCACCACGGCGACCGCGGGCCCCGCCCCUCCUGCCGUCCUCCAAUGAGCAGACAGACUGAAUCAUGUGUUUUUUAUGAGACAAACUGAAGGUGUUUUAAACUAUUUAUGUUCAUUUUGGUGCUAAACUGAAAACUGACGCCACAAGGAGCCAAUGAGAGCAGGAGGAACCACGGAGGCGGGCCUCGCACUGAAACGGACUCUGCAGUCGGCCAGUCAGGAGGCGGGACACAACCCGCACACCCUGUCCUCUGAUUGGCUGCUGGGUUUCCUCCGUCGGUCCGAGCUGAAAAAUAAACUGUGACAAAAAACGAACAAGAAGAUGACGCUUCGAUGUCCAGGAGACUUUAAAACCACGGACGGGUCCAGAGGAAAACGCAAAGAAAGAGAGUCGAAAACAGGCGAAAAUCCACCGCAUCAGGAGUCGAUUAUUUCAUUCUGUGGACAUGAACGGGUUCCGACGAAGCUCGUUUUGUCCAAAUGUGACGAACGUGUUCAUAAUGAAGUUGUUAACUCACGGUGACGACAUAACGGCUCCGAAAAUAUGUCUGUUUUCAGAGUUUUAUCGUUUCCAUGCAUCGUCUGUUCUGAUUGGCUGAUUUUUUUAAAUUAUUAUUUUAAAAGUGUGUUCGUCAAAUCAGCAUAAAUUCAAACGAGUCUGAAUUUAUAACCAACGCGGACGACGACGACAAACAAGCGUACUUCAAAGAAAAAAAAAAUCAACCAAUGAGAAUAGAGCUUCGUCAUGACUCUGACCUGAAAAUAAAACAUCGUAUAAAUGCGAUAAACUUUUUUUUUUUUUUUUUUUUUGGCGGGGGGGGGGGGGUUCUGUGGCGAAAACACAUUAAAAUCGCAUCCAAUGAAAUGUCCAGUUGCCAUGGAAACGGUCAGACUCUACUCUGCCCCGCCAAAGUAAAAUACACAACCAUUUAAAACGAGCACUGAAUGAGUCUAGUAUUCUGUACCUUUAACGAAAGUUCGCAACAUUUCACGAUCCACAAACAUUGAAUUACAAAAAAAAAAAAAAAAACAGGACCAAAAAUCUUUCAAAAGAAUCC